CUCGAACACAGUUCUCAGUAGUGAGACAACCAUCAGAACGUUCGGAGCGUUUCCCUAAAUCUCUCAAGACCGGCGACGUGUUCCUCGUCUUAUGUUACAAGGCUGCGGCAGUUUCCAGGAAAAGGAAAGGAACCUACAAAUAAGCAUCUACCUCUGAAGUUGCACUUAACCCAGGGACAUGGCUGAAGGCUGAAAACCAGCGGCUAUUCUCACCCCCUGGCUCAAAACAGGAGAGAAAGAGAUAGAGAGUGAGGGACCCUACUAAAAGAGUUCUGAAAGUACUUUAAAAAAACGAGGUGAAUAAAACAAACUUGUGAUUGUGCUCAGUAAGGAUAACAGGUGUGAAACACAACAGGUGUUGCUGAAUUAGUUACAGUGGCAGUGGACGACCUCAGCGAAGAUGGGAGGAUCAGCAACCGGGAGGAACUCGUUGAUCAUUGGGCUGGUUUUUACCCUGACGAGUAGUGCUCUGGUCAGCUCGCAGCGAACGACUUCAAACCCACCGGGCAUCCCUGCCUCUGUCGUUAACACUCUCCUGGAGUCACUGGCGAAAGCAGUAGAUUCUGAGAACUGUCCGGGCAAGUGCUUACAGGGCCUUGCAGCCCUCAUCUGUAACGAAGUGCUGGAAGGGCCUGAUAGGUGCCCCGCCCCGGGAGCAAAAUGCUGUGUCCCAAGAACCCCAAGUAAAGGUAAUGAUCGUUUGAAGGAACAAACCACAGAGGAUCAACCCAUAUCGACAGAUGUCACAACGGAAUCCUUAGCUGACCAAGAGGAUCAGACAACAGCCUCCACGGAAGGAUUCUUUACCUGGACCGGCAUUCAAAAUGCAGAUGAUGAAGAAUUGGAUAAUAUGUCCCCAACUCCAUUGCCUAGUACUGAAGACCCCAUGGUCGCAGGACCAGCAGGUGAUCCCCUUGACCCACUCGCAGAAAAUCCCGAGAAGAUGGCAGAUGCUGACACCGAAGGUCCUGCAAGUGAAGUCCCGGAAGACAAAGAAAUGGCAACCACUGAUGAGCCAGAUUCUACCACUCCAGCAGCUCAGGCCUACGCUCCCUCAAGUAGUUUACGAGUUUGUCCAGGAGUCUGUGUGGCUAAUCGUAUCAGUGAAUACUGCGAGGCUGCUUUAGAUGUAGAGCAGUUCUGCAAGGCAGGAUUAAGAUGUUGCGUAUCUGCAGACCUCUUUAUUGAUGUGGACGAACCUCCCAAGGAAUUUGUGAUUCUAAAACGAAGGAAGCCACCCCAAGAGGAAGACAGCGUUCCUGAGGCUUCAGCACUUGCAUCUGCCACUCCUGCUACUGCUACUACUUCCACCACCACCACAACAACUACCACAGAGCAGCCAUCUACCGAACUGACGACAGUGUAUUCUCGGAGACCACGUCCAACUACCAGCCCUCCAAGGAAUAUACCUCCUGAGCUUCGCUGUAAAGGGACAUGUGUGGCUGGAUUCUUUGCUUUCCUCUGUGAUGAAAUUGAUCGGAAUGGACUCUGCCCUCGAGGUGGACGGUGCUGUGUUACCCAGAGACGGAAACCAGAUUCCAAAGAACCAGAGGCAGAUCGAAGGAAACCCACUACAUCUACUACGACCACCGCAACUCCUCUAGCACCACCUGAGUGCCCGGGUACCUGUUUACCAGUAUUGGUUUCUUCUUUCUGUAGUCAGCCUUCAGUGUUGAUAGAAAGAAGCAGCUGUGAAGAAGGCACUAUUUGCUGCAAUGCUCAUGUAGAGAGUGAAGUACCUUCACCAACGCCACCUCCAGAAAGACAGCCACCUCCACCACCUCGUCCAGCACCACCUGCUGACAGACCACUUCCUCCUCCCUUCAAUGCUUUAAGUUCUUUCUUCACUCGACCAUCACCUCCGCCAAGACGGGAAGACUUGAGGCCACCCAGACCUCAAACACCACCCCCUCCUCCACCUCCACCAACCACCACUUCCACAACCACCACCACAACCACCACCACCACCACAACUACUACACCACCACCACUGCCAACAGAGGCUCCCGAUCUUCGGCAGGACUGUCCUGGAACUUGUAUUCAGCCAUUCCUCUCAUUUACAUGCUUUGGCAAUGCAGACAUGACAGACUUGUUUAAAUGUCAAAAGUCCAACACACAGUGCUGUUCACCCAAGUCAGCCCUUCGAGAUCUCAUCCGAUAUGAAGAUAUACCAAACACCGCCAGAAACGACACAGUAUGGAGACCACCUUACGAUUCCACCUUCGUUCCAACGCCUUAUGGACCACCAGGAUUUGACCCUGCAUAUGGUCAUCCUGACUAUGAACAGCCCUCAUAUGGACAACCUGGUUACGAACAGCCUCCUUAUGAACAGCCACAUUAUGAACAUCCUCAUGUAGAUGAUGAGUACGAAGCACCUUAUGAGCAACCCCAUUAUGAACAGCCUGCAUUUGAAGAACAGCCUGCAUAUGAAGAACAGCCCUAUGAGCAGCCUGCAUAUGAACAACCUGGUUAUCAAAGUCCGUCAUAUGCCGAGCCAGCAUAUGAAAGGCCCUACGAAGAGCCGGCCUAUCAGCAACCUCCAUUUGAACAACCAGCAUACGAAAGACCGUUUGAACGACCACCAUACGAGCACGAACAGCCCCCUUACCAGCCAUUCCAUGCUAGAAGAAACACAUCACAAGUAAUUCCACCCAAACCUGUGCACACAACUCGGGCUCCUGUUCGAAACAAGUAUGUGUGCGGCGUCAAGGGAACCCACCGAAGUGGGCGCGUUGUCGGUGGAGAAGAUGCCUUACCCGGUGAAUGGUGUUGGCAAGUGGCUCUCAUUAACUCACUGAACCAGUAUCUGUGUGGAGGGGCCUUGAUUGGCACCCAGUGGGUCUUGACAGCGGCACACUGCGUCACGAACAUAGUACGCUCAGGGGAUGCUAUUUAUGUACGAGUUGGUGAUCACGACUUGACCACCAAAUUUGGAUCUCCAGGAGCUCAAACUCUUCGUGUUGCAACGACCUACAUCCAUCACAACCACAAUUCACAGACCUUGGAUAAUGAUAUUGCACUCCUCAAACUCUCAGGUCAUGCCGACCUUAAGGAAGGGGUUUGUUUGGCAUGUCUUCCAGCAAGAGGAGUCAAUCAAGUUGCGGGCAGCAGAUGCAUUGUCACUGGGUAUGGCUAUAUGGGAGAAACUGGACCGAUACCUUUGCGUGUGCGUGAGGCUGAGGUUCCCGUGGUAUCUGACAGUGAAUGUGUCCGGAAGAUUAAUGCUGUGACAGAGAAAAUAUUCAUUCUCCCAGCUUCAUCUUUCUGUGCUGGUGGAGAGAGUGGACAUGAUGCUUGUCAGGGCGAUGGAGGUGGACCUCUUGUAUGCAACGUGGAUGGAUACUUCGAAUUAAGUGGUCUGGUGUCAUGGGGCUUUGGAUGUGGUCGUCAGGAUGUUCCAGGAGUAUAUGUCAAGGUCUCCUCCUUCAUCGGAUGGAUCAAUCAAAUUAUUUCCGUCAACAACCUGUAACCAAGAGUUCUAAGGCCUGUCUAACACUGGCAUUUACGUAGAAAGAGGUGUUUGUUUGGAACUGGUGGAGCUACUUAAUAUUUUUCAAUGAUGGGAGAAGGAUUACUCUGGUGGGGAUCAAUACAGGAAUGUGACUUAUUCCUGAUUGAGGGCAUCGGUUUUAAAUGAAAGAUAAAAUCUAAACAUUGGAUUUUCAGUAAUCUUAAAGGAAAAAGUAUAAGGUCUUAUAAGAAAACUUUUAAUGAAUAGUACUUAGAAUGCAUGUGAUAGUAGUUUUACAGUCUCAUGUUAGAAUUUUUU